AUGUCUUUGUCAUCACAAGAACAAAUAGGUUUAAAUAAAACCUGGGAGUUGUCUUUGUACGAAUUACAAAGAACUCCACAAGAAGCAAUUACUGAUCAUACAGAAAUUGCUGUGUCUCCUCGGUCUUUACACAGUGAAUUAAUGUGCCCAAUAUGUUUAGAUAUGUUAAAAAAGACAAUGACAACAAAAGAAUGCUUACAUCGUUUUUGUAGUGAUUGUAUCAUCACAGCUUUGAGAUCAGGAAACAAGGAAUGUCCUACAUGCCGAAAAAAAUUAGUAUCAAAAAGGUCUUUAAGGCCUGAUCCAAAUUUUGAUUUGUUAAUUAGUAAAAUAUACCCUAGUAGAGAUGAAUAUGAAGCUCAUCAAGAACGUGUCAUGGCAAAAAUUAAUAAAUCACACUCUCAAGCAGCUUUAGUGAGUUCCAUUACUGAAGGCAUCAAACUUCAGUCACAAAAUAGACCCAAUAGGAAAAACAAAAUAGGAGAUGCGGAUUCUGUAGAUAGUUUAAGCAGCCAACCAAGUGCAGCUAAUCAGAAUUUAUCCACCAAUUCUGUGCAACCUCCAACUUCAACUUCUUUCGGUCUUGAAAAUCAAACUUCAGGACAACCGACUCUUAACAUACCUUGCUCUGCUCCUAGUUCAUCAAGAACCAGGCCACCAUCUUUAUCUGAUGACAGUCCAGGAUCUCCUGAUUCAGCAGGGUCAAGUGAAUCAUUGGCUGCUGAUCAAAUUGAACUGGUAUUUAUGCCUCAUCCCACUGAAAUGUUGGCAGAUCCUUUAAUGAGACGUUUGAAGGAUUCUAUUAGAUACAUUAAAACUCCUGACCAUGCAACAAUUGAUCAUCUAAGCAAAUAUUUAGCCAUGAGACUAACAUUGGACAAUAUGGACUCUGAUUUAUCUGAUAGCUUAGGACUUGUUAAUUUUUGUAUUUAUAUUGCUCCAAGCCCAGGUCAGUUAAUUUUAUUAACUGGAAAUCAAACUUUGAGACAGGUUAAUGAUAAAUAUUGGAAAGCAGAUAAACCAUUGGAAAUGUAUUAUUCCAUUAAUAAAAAAACAUGA